AUGUCGGAGAAAGAGAGAUUCCCGCCCGGGUCCCAAGUGCUAGCAUACCAUGGGCCGCUUGUAUAUGAAGCCAAGGUAUUGAAGUUCCGUGAACGAGGAAAACUCUUUGUGGAGAUUGGCGAAGGGCAGAGCGAACCAUUGGAACAGAACAAGAUUCCAUUGUUUCUUCAAGAUGGCGAUGCCUACUUUCUUCACUACAAGGGAUGGAGUCCGAAAUGGGACGAGUGGGUUUCGAACGAACGUGUCAUGGAAUUUAACGAUGACAAUUUGGGGCUUUCAAGAGAACUACGAAAUGCUCGCAAGAGAGCUAUAGAGAGAUUGGAUCCUUCGAAAGAGAAGAAAAAGACCGUGAAGGAAGAACCUAAGGAGAAGAAGAAGAGGAAACUGCCCUCGGUUGCUCCAGGAUCAGCGGCAUCGAAUGGUGGUGCCGAAACAGCAAAGCAAACAAGUAAUGGGAAUGGAAGAAAGAAACCCAAAACCGAACCUAAGGGCCCAUCUUACGAAAUUAUGAUGCCUCUAAGGCCAAACCUAAAAUGCUUGCUUGUUGACGACUGGGAAUUCAUGACCAAAGACCACAAACUUAUAGACUUGGACACUGCUAUCCCGGUAAGACGCAUUCUUGAAGACUUCUACGAUGACCAGAAAACCAAGGUCGGUGAAGACGUAUUACGUACCGUCAAAGAGGCUGUCGAUGGGCUUGCGCUUUAUUUCGACAAACUGCUUCGUUUUAAUUUGCUUUACAGGUUUGAAAGGCUCCAGUACAGCCAACAUUUGGAGAAAGACCCAAACCUUGAUGCAACAGACCUAUACGGAGUGGAACACCUUCUUCGGCUUCUAGUGACGUUGCCGGGCCAAACCGCCCAAACCAGCAUGAACAGCAUUGCAUUGAACACUCUUAUGGCACAAAUGAGAGAGUUAAGCAUAUUUAUCGAUGAAAACAUCACAAAGUACGCCAGCACAUAUAUGAACGCUAGCCCGUCAUAUGAUAGACUAGCCAGAGGCGCAUGA